GAGAUCCCAUUCUACCACAUCUGGAAGGGUUCCCAGCGGUUCCUCCACUGCACCUUCACCCUGGAGCGGCUCAACCUCAGUACCUGUGAGCUCACCUGUCAGCUGUGUGUCUGGCAGGUAGAGGGGGAGGGACAGAGCUUUAGCCUGGACUUCAACAUCGCCAAGGACAGUCGGCCCCUGGACCCGGAGUUCCUGCUGAUGGACAAUAACCUGAAUGGUACGGCUCUAGCAGGACCCAGUGCUUUCCAGAUCCCCUAUCUCAUCAGGCAGAAGAUCUGCAGCAGCCUGGAUACACCUUGUCCCAACGGGGCCGAUUGGAGACUGUUGGCCCAGAGACUCAAACUGGACAGGUAA